AUGACUCCUACACCUCCGUCUACUACUUCGUCAAGCGCUGGUGGCCAUUCUCCAGAUGCACAAUUUCGUGUUGUGCGAAAGAGAAACAGAGUGCCCUUGUCCUGCGGUCCGUGCCGGCAUAGAAAGCUGAAGUGUAAUCGGACGCAUCCAUGCGAGAACUGUGUGAGAAGAGGGGAUGCUUCUUCAUGCUCGUAUGCUGCGCCUGGUUCACGGAAAAAGAACCAAAGUCAAGGAGCUUCCACACCUGAUGAUAUGCAAAAUCGUAUUGACCGUUUAGAAGGCUUAGUUUUAUCUUUGAUGACCAAUGGCGCCCAGUCCGCUGGUCCAGCAGCAGCUACCGCAGCCAUUGCUCGUUCUCAAAGCGAUGGUGCAGGUUCCUUCACAUCUCCUCUGGGGCUGGAUGACGAAGAAGAUGGAAUGAUAAAAGAAGAAGACGAAGAUGGAGAGAAUAGUGAGGUGGAAGGCGUUACUAACUCGUUAGGACAUUUGAAGGUAGAUGCAGACAAAGGGAAGUCCAUGUAUGUGGGAGACUCCCAUUGGCAUAUGGUUUUAGCAGAUAUCACUGAAGUCAAGAAUUACUUCAUUUCCCACAAGAAGGAUAUCGAAAAGAACUAUGAAAGAAUUCGACAAUCAAAACCAAGUUCCGUAAUCGACGGGCCAGCUUUCCUUUUCAAUACACAUGGUCCAGCUACAGAUGGAGAACUUCGUGGAGAAGUUCCCACGAAGUCAGCGGUAGAUAAACUCGUAACCCGGUACUUCAACUCAUAUGAUCCUGCCGUCCAUAUACUUCACUCCCCGACUUUCCAUAAGCAACUCCAUAAUCACUGGCAGGAUCCAGCAAAGACAUCCAUAGUGUGGCUCGGAUUGCUUUACUCCAUUCUAUCCCUUGCCAUGCAGUCGUACAAUAAGAUCGGUGAUGAGCCAUUGGAAUGGAAAGGCCGAACACUGGAAUUAGCCAGCGAAUAUCGGUUGCGAACGGUGCAAUGCUUGGUCAACUCGGAUUAUACGAAGUCAUCUAUUUAUACAAUCGAAACGCUAAUUCUGUAUGUUCAAGGCGAAUACCAGACUCGUUUCGAUGCAGAAGUGGGGAUUUGGGUUAUAGUAGGAAUGAUUGUACGACUAUCUAUGCGAAUGGGUUAUCACCGAGACCCAAGUAAUUACCAAGGCAUUACGCCCUAUCAGGCCGAGAUGAGACGGCGCAUAUGGUCGUUUAUACGACAGAUGGACACCAUGUUCUCCUUUCAAUUAGCGCUUCCAGGUAUGAUAAGAAGCACAGACUGCGACGCGUCGUUGCCUCGAAAUAUUUUUGAAGACGAAUUCGGCCCAGACACUAAAGUCUUGCCGCUUGCAAGACCACUCUCGGAACCCACUCCUGUGAGUUAUAUGAUUGUUAAAUCACAUAUUAGUGUCGAAUUUUCUACCAUUUUGGAAGAGAUAAAUGCGGUCAACGGAAAGGCUAUCAGCUAUGACGAGAUAUUGAAGAGGGAUAAUAAGUUACGAGAUUUGAGAAGCAACAUACCCCCUCAUCUACGCCUCCGUCCUCUAGAGGAAUGCAUGCAUGAUCCUGCUACAUUGUUGAUGCAGCGAUUCAAUAUUGAUAUAUUUUGGCAGAAGACUGUCGUUGUGCUCCAUCGGAAAUACAUAGCUCGGGCAAGGCAAAAUCCGCGUUACGCACAUUCUCGUAGAGCAUGCGUAGAUGCAUCUCUGGAGAUUCUACGACAUCAAAUCAAGCUGCACAGCGAAUCCCAACCGGGAGGCCGUCUGCGAGCUAUGAAAUGGUUCAUUUCAUCACACACAAAGCACGAUUACCUCCUUGGUGCCAUGAUUGUUUGCCUCGAAUUACACUACGAUCAAGUCACUGAAUCAUUGCCCGAGCCUCCUCCGAAUCAUGACCCGUAUUUUUGGACCCCUUCUCAACGUGCUGAGAUGCUUUCAUCGUUGGAAGCAUCCCACUCGAUAUGGAAGGAAUCAUCAACUUCAUCAAUGGAGGCAUACAAGGCAUCUAACGUACUCACUAUCAUGCUUGAGAAAUUGAAAAGCCCAAAGGAAGCUCCUCUGGAGCCAUCUACUACAGCUCAAGCUUUUGCUCAAUUUGAUGACGAAAACCUUAAGCCGGAGCACUCAGCGGCCAUGACUCUAGGAAUGUUGUCUGGUGGUUUAACUCCCAAUUCUGCAGCCUUCCUUAGCAACAUGGCCCAAUCUCCUGGAGGAGGCUUAUAUGCAAACAUCGACACGAAUAUGCGCGAUACAACUGGUCUUACACCGGCCCUCCAGAUCGAUAAUCCUUUUGCCUCGAUGAACAGCGUUGCUUCACCCUUCGCUGUAUUUAAUAAUGCGACUAGCGGUACCGGAAUGAUGGAUUUGCCAGCGAAUUUAGACUGGGAGGCUUGGGACUCGUUUAUCCAGAAUGGCGGUAAUGUCGAGGCUGCAUAUGCCUACUACCCCCCGAAUACCGACCAAACGUUGGUUCCAGACAAUCAAGUUGAUCUGUCGCAACAGCAAUAUGAUGCAAAUAUCUUUAUGGGAGCCAACACACCUGGUAAAUGA